AUGGAUCCACUGUUUCCAAAUCACAGUCAUAAUGUAGGGACUUACACCAAUUACAUAGACUGCAAGAAGCUACUUGGCAACUCCCUCAUUCUUUUGGGAGAGAUUGGAGGAAAUGAUUACAACCAUGCAUUCUUUGGAGGAGUUAGCACUGAGAUUAUUCAAGAUCUUGUACCUUAUGUUAUUAACGCCAUAGGUUUAGCCAUCGAGGAGGUAAUUGAACUAGGAGCUAUAACAAUAUUGGUUCCUGGAAAUCUCCCAAUCGGGUGCUUGCCAUCCUAUCUAACAUAUUUUGAGGGUUCGGAUAAAAAAGACUAUGACCAAUUUACUGGUUGUCUUAACUGGCUCAAUAAAUUCUCCGAAGACCAUAAUCAACAACUUUUGGCAGAAUUAAACAAAAUUCAGAAGCUUCAUCCUCAUGCCAAAAUCAUUUAUGCAGAUUAUUACAAUGCUGUAAUGCCUUUUUACCACUCACCAAAUCUAUUCGGAUUUACAGGAGGUGUCCUAAAAGCAUGUUGUGGCUGGGGAGGAACAUACAACUACAAUUCAUCAGUUGAAUGUGGCAACCUACUCGCGAGUGUUUGCAAUAAUCCUUCCCUGUAUGUGAAUUGGGAUGGUAUACACUACACAGAAGCAACCUAUAGAUUGAUUUUUGAAUCCAUAAUAGAGGGCUCAUAUUCCUUUCCAUCUUUCAAAGCUUUGUGUAAUUUGGAUGGUAGGUAUUUUAAUUAUAAAUAG